CGGAAGAAGCGGGAGAAGAAGAUGAAGAGAAGGAGAAGAGGGGAAAGAAAGAGCGAGAGACGGCGGGUAGCAUUUAAUCAGAGCCCACGGUGAAGUGCACGGUACAAGUGUAUGUAUAUAGAAGCGGUGUAUAUGGUUCGGUUAGUUUUUGCUGUUGGGAGGUUGCUUGGAAAUUGGCGCCAAAUUAGUAAGGAGGACGAGGCGAGGCUCACGGUGCCUUGGGCUGCGUGACGCGAGACAUUAAAAGUAACCUCUGCUCUCUGCUACACCCCCGUCCUUCGUCCCUCUGGCUCCACUAUCCAACGAGAUCUUCUCUGUACCCUCCACUUUCCUUUUCCUCUUCUUCGUCGUUUCUUCUUCCUUACCUUCUCCUUCUACCUUACCGCACCUUUUUUCCUUCUUUACCUUUUGUCUCUCCCUCUCUCUGCCACUUCUGCGGCAAAGGACCAGCUUAGAACGGCUCCUCUUCGGUAAUCACUGCCGUUCAAACGGUUCGAACAAACAAUAAAAAAAUAACGAUUACUCUAACUUCGUGGAAUCUGAACAUCUAGAAUCUAGCCAAAUGCAAAUUAUUCUUGUUAGUCGUGUUCGAUUGUUUAAUUUUACUCGGAUACGAUACCAUUAUGGGCGAUGGGAGUUCGAGGAGAGCUUACGAAGGAAUUAGCGAGAGCUCGUAGAGAAUUUAGAAGAGGGGGAAACUGGAGAAUAAUCCAGAGCAGGGCUGACAGAUUUUUAAAACGAUUACUUCUCGCGAUCCAUUCUCGAUAAUAACGCGUUCUUUUCCAAAGUUCAAAAAAUUCAACGUCCCUAAGUUUCGACGCAACCAAAAAUUCGAGACUCGCAUUUUUCUGACGAGCAAAGUAAGUUUGCAAAUGACUGGAACCGCCAUUGAGGUUGGUCGUUUGCACGAGGACGAAGGGUGGUUCCCACACGGGUCGCGCGAUUCGCGAGGCGAAGGUAACCAGGACGUCGAUAGGAUCGGUCGUAUGGCGUCGGGUUAUGCAAAUACGAGUCUCAGCGGGCGUCAAUUUAAUGGCGAGGCCACAGGUUCGGGCAACGUGGACCACGCAUCGUCGUCACGAUGGAUGCGGCGAAGCGGCUCGAAGGGCAACCAAGUUUGACUGGCGGUCAGUAGUGAUGGACGUUCGAUUCUCCUUCUGCGAGUUUCCGAGCAAUUUUACUCCGCAGGUAGUGAUGGGCUAGUAAUCACUUCCAUUUACUUCAAAUAUUAUCCUUCGAAAUUUAACAAACUACACUUUUUUCUAACUAUCAACAAUCGCGUAAGAGGCUAUUUGAAUAUAAAUUUUAAUGUAGCAUAGGACAAAUGCUAGACGGUGAAUUUAUUGCGAAAAGUUCGAAAGGAGAUAUCUAAAAUGUGACACGUUGCUGCGCGGAGAUUGUCGGACGACUCGAAAAUAAGGGUAGAUUAGAAUGAAAAGGGGAACGGUGACGAAAUAGCAACCGGGUGGCAUGGAUCCCCUGUCAGAAGUUAGCAUACCCGGCUUCGAAGGAAGAGUUUGGCAGGCUUAAGACAAAAGGUGAUUAGGAUACGCGCAGUCGAUGGUGGUUUAUAAAGACCCCCAUAGCGUGGCGUGAUGAGGUCAAGCAGCAGGGAGUCAUCCGUAUACCCAGGGCCGAUCAAAAACUUAUCCUUGCCACGUGAUAUACUGCCCGUAGAUGCCUGCCAACCUCUUUCUCCCUCUUUGCUCCUUCUGUUCGAUGACCUGGUGCCUGCAUUCACUGCCAGCGGUGGACUCGACUAACAUUGCGUUCGGGUAUUCCGACGAAUCGCGGAAUUCCAUUUCUUCGAUACAUCGACCAAAAGUUGGAAUAUACUUUACAUUUGAACAAUUUAACCUAACAGUAUCGCAAUGGCAUUGCGUUCGUUACACAUGAUUUUGCCAACUAUGACAUUCGUGUGAAUGCAGCAUCGAAUAUAUCAGCGUUGACACGACUCUCGCAAAUUCGUCGACUGUUCUCUUUAAAUUUGUCGUUUCCGACGUUGCUCGCCUUCAAACUCUAUCUUCCAAUGUUACGGAAUCACGACACGUGGAAUACCAGUUGGAUUCGUGGCAGCAGACUCGAAGAGAUAGUCUGGAUCGCGACGGACGUGCUAGCGUGGUGUACAGGCGUUCACAUCGUGUUCUUUAAUAUCAGGGAUAAGAAACUAAGCUUUCGUUGGUGCGCGAGCACCGAUUCUGGGGAAGGAGCACGAUGUCUCUCUGCUCACGUAAGAUUUCCAGUAUUCGCUUUUGCCGAGAAGAUCCUCGGGCCCAGGAUCCUGAUCAUGGCCUACCCAUCGAUGACGAAGAUUUCUGAAUGUAUCGGUGGAUGUCAGUCCGGAUACUUGGCCACUGCGUUCACAGCGCAGGACCAUAUCAUUUCUCUGGGGUUUUACCCUCAUUUUGCUAUGAUCGUAUGGAAUUGGAGAACCGGAGAGAAGAUCAUUUCGGUGAACACUUACAUACGAGACGAGGUUGGACAGGUUCUCAGAAUUAAUCAAGUUGGUCCUACCGUGAUUGGACAGAUGGGUAGAACUUGUGGACGGAUGUUUACUUGGAGGCUGGAUAUCGUGGGGAAUGUUGCUGGGAAACAUAGCAUACAUAUUUCGAUAUACUCAUUUGUACGUUGUCAAAUUUCAGACCACGAAGUGAAGCUUCCCAAACAACAAAAAAUUAUGUGGAUAGACUGGUGUCCAAUUUCUAGCGAGCCCCUGUUAGCUAUUACAGACAUCGACGGCCACAUCUUUCUCGCCAACUAUGACGGUAGCAAUGUCUACCGGAUUGUUCUAUCUCAAAGAUGUGGCGUUUGUAUGGACUUAGAACUACCGAUAGUCUACUGGUUCCGAGACGGCAUCAUACUGCGUACGACGUUUUGUCAAAUCCGCUUUUUCACCAAGAGCCCCAGAAAGGAUAGCUGGCAACGACAGUGGUACGUGAAAUCGGUGACCAAACCUUACAUCCUUGCGAUACAUCCGUUCAAGAAAGACCGAUUCUUCUAUCAUACCUUGGAAGGAUAUUUGAUGAAAAUUGAUUUUUCCGAAGAAUAUGAGAACCCUAUGAUCACACAGUACCUGGACUAUGGAGAAAUCCAUCGAUUUGUGGACUUUGUGUAUCCUUGGUGUCACCAUAUCGUAGUAACGGACAAUUCGAAAGAGUUGAGCAUUCUGGAGUGUUACAGCGGGACAACAGUGUCGAUGCUUGAUCCAAAUAUCGACGGCGACAUGGCCUGCCAAAUCUCCCAUCCGGAUUAUCCGAUGAUAGUUUUAGGGACCACGCAGGGCGAAGUUAUCUUUGUUAGUUUAGUUCAGCCGACUACACCAAGAAUAGUAGCUAGUUUGAAACUACAGAGGAAACCUUUGGAUUUGAUUAGGUUUUCGUACUCCGGAAGAUAUUUGGUGACGGCCGAAAAAGCAAGCGGCAACUGCUUCUGUAUCAAUUUACAUCGCGACAAAGUGUACACGGUGCAAUCUCUGAUUCGAGCGAAUCGCCCGAUCAUCGAUCUAUUGGCCUACGAAGCGCUCAGAAAGCUAAGGGUGUUGGUGCUGUUCGUCGGCGUGGCACAGUACGAAGUGGGACAACAUCUGUUGGUGUUCGAGGUAGCAGAAAAUCAGAAUCUGAUUACCGAAGCGAUUCAAGUACUCGAUUUACCUGGAGUAUAUCGUACGUUAUGUUACGUUCCUGGGAAUCCUAUGCAUUUCGUGGGAUCUCCUUACACGACUCGGCAAUUGAGGGUGCAAAAAGUGCAAAACUUCAAAGACGUAGUUAUGACUGAUGGUCUUACGUCGGGACAUCAAGUUAGACUCGCCAAUUUGUUUGUUGAUCGAGCAUGGAUCAGUACCACUGCCUUGGAUGGAUUGGUCAUUGUCAGGGACAAAACGGUUCGACAGGUGCAGGCUUGCAUCAUGACCCACCACAGAGCUGACUUUGGUACCGCGAAAGCGAUGAUGAAUAGGAACGGGGAUUUGAUAGUGUCUCUGGGAUACAACGGUUCCUUGAUCGCUACCAGAAACAUAUCCGUUGAUACAGAGGUUCCCUUUCUUCUCAUCCUCCUUGUCUCUUUACUCUCAAUUACUCUCAAUUAUAAAGCCGCUUCCGGUGAUGAGUCGUUCGUAUACAAGGUGGACUAUAACCUCUACGAAAAAUACAGGAAAAAAAUGAACGCCGAUUAUGCUAGUUUGGACGCGACAGCUUACAGUCUUUUGACCCGUCCGAAAGUGGAGUUUCCUGGUCCUGAGCAGGAUGACGAAACAUGGUCAGAGUGGCGCGAAAGGAUGCAAAUUAUCGAAGAGACAGCAAAAUGCGAGGUCGAGAAAGCGGACAUUCUUCAAGAAUUCAGAUCGUUGAAAGGCAAAGUAAAGAAGCUACUUGACGAGAACGAAACGUGUCCGGAAAUAGAAAGACUUCCGGUGUCCUCGUUCGAUCUGGACAAAGCGGGUCGCGAUCAAAAACUGAAAGCUGGUCGCGACGAAUGCGAGGACCUUCGUUUAAAGUUGGAGCACGAUACCAGCGAGACGAAGAGAGUGACCAAUUGGAUUCGAGAGGCCUUUUGGAAUCCUCAGAAGAUUCUGGGUAAAUCGUUGGUCGCCAUUUUCGGCAGCCAACAUGUCACCAACUAUCCCUCGAUCGCUGAACCGCCUCGCGCCAAGGAUCUUCUGCAGUGGGCCACCUUUUGCAAGGAAAUCUUGUCAACCAUCGUAGAAACCGAAACCUUUCGACCUUGGAAAUUGUACAACGAGCAAGAACUAGAAGUAGAAUUGAGUAAACGAAUGAAGUUGAAAGAAGAAGAGGCGCGAAGGAUCGAUAUGUUUUUCGAGGACGAAGAAGACGAAGAGGUCAGCGUAGAAGACACGAAAGAGGAUAGAACGAUGGAAGGUACAACUACGCAUCUGUUUAUCGAGACGUUGUCCUAUUAUUCGCAAAUGGAGUGUUACGGGUACAACCACGUCUCGAUAAAUAAUCGUUUCUUGAAGCACGAUUGCGAUAAACUUCGGGUAUAUUUCAAUCAAGCGUUCGACGAGAUGUAUGCGAGAAAAGAAAGGGAAAUGAAUACGAUACGGGACAGAAUCGAAAGAAUACGUUAUAUCGAUUCGGAACUAAACGUGAUGUUUGGGCAAAAUGUACCAGGCGUACCUAUCGAUCCUGACUGGCACUGGCGGGUAACGAUACCAUUAUACGUGGAGAAGCCAGAAGGUAUUAUCAAGGUGCUCGAUCACGAAGUGAAGGCGAAACCUUACAUUUCCCCGUCGCUGCAAGAAAUCCUAGACAAGCAGGCGGCCGAGGCAGAACGAAUCAGACAGUUGUUGUUAGCUGAUGACUUUCGCGAACGCGCUCUAAUGGCGAUGAUGGACGGUGUGCUCGAGGUUCGAUGGGAGGACAUCAUCAAGAUAGACGUACCUAAGCCUGCCUUCAUGUUGGAGAAGAAACCGGAUGACUAUACCGCGGAAGAGAUUCAAGCCGUGAAACAGUACGAGAAGGACGUGGAGUUCUUGGAGGAAGAACGGAAACGUUACAAGAGGAUGCUGGAGGCCGAGUACGUCAAGGUCAUGGGUCUUCUUCGAGAAGGAAUCGAUAAAUUCAACGACAAACUGAAUCGGUUGUUCCAGCUGAAGAUGAACGUCGAGGCAGCUAUAAAUCAGAUGAACUUCCGUUAUGUACGUGGUUGCACGCAAAUUUAUAAUCGGACAAAGUCGUUGCACGAAGAGGACGAGAUGAAAAUAAGAGUGACGCAAAAACAGGAAUGCGAAAAUAUGCUGAGGGGCGAUUUGCACCUUUUCGAAACCGUCCACGAGCAGCUGGUCUCCAAAUACGAGUCGCUGCUUCAUAAGCAGAAAGUGAUGUCCAGAAGAUUUAAAUCCGAGUUCCCGUUGUUGAGCAAGUUAAACGUGGAACUACUCGAGCGCCAAUGCAAUCGUCGGCCAAAGACAAACCUGAAGAAUUUGGGCUCUUCGGAAUAUCUGAAACUUGGGCAAAUCGUGGUGCAGAGAUCGCGACCGAUCUACUUACCGUCGGAGUGCAACGAUUACCUGAAGCACUUGGAUCAUCUGGAUGUACGACCGACCACUCUGCCUCCAACUGUAGACACUGCGCACUGGGAUCAUCUGAUUCGUCUAAGACGUCUGAAGAUCGACGCAGAAUUUAAGGUGAAAGCUAAACAGGCCGAAAUCGCGGACACGGAAAGCGUGAUCCUUGGACUUGAACAGAGGAUCGAGAAAUGUGGAUUCGAAGCGGAGGAAACGAAGAAGAAUAUCGAGGAAACGAGGAGGCGUCGAACACUCUCCGAGCUGGACGUGAACGUGCAGCUGGUGUUGAAGAUGGGACAGGUGGAGAUAGAUACCACCGGAGAUCUAGAGGACACCGAAAACGCGAUCCUCGUUUCGCGGAACGAGAUCGAAUCCGUAAACGAACUGAUCAGAGCCGCGGGCGCGUGCAAGCUGAAAGCUUUAUGCCGGCUGAUGGAUUUUCAGAGGGGUACCCUGAUGAAAGAAUGGGAACACGGUUGUCAACGUAAACGCUUGAUGGAUCUACGAGAGGAUUUACGAUUCACGGAAUCGGUAAUGGUGACUAAAGAGAUGCAGCUGUACCUGAAGCGUAAAGCUAGAGGUGCGAAGGACGAUAAGAGCCAGAAACAGCUGACCGAACACAUCGCGGCGAUGAACCAGCGAUUCGAGAAGAUCCUCGAUGAGUACAGGGAUCGAUUGCAGUCGAUCGAGACGGAGAUCGAGAGCACCAGAAGCAAGAACAAGCGGCUCGAUCAACAGAUCUUGGAGAUGAACGUGGCGAGGUGCGAGAUGGAGCAACGUCGCGAUCUUAUCGGCGAGGCGAGGCAGCAGGAACACGCGGAGGAGAAGCUCAGGAUGAUCAUGAAGCGAGCCGCGCUGAUCAAGAAGCUGCAGGAUAAUUACGCGGAGCUGUUGGAGCUGCAGACCGAGCACGAGCUGCUCAGACUUCGACGAUAUCCGAUCUUCGGCUUCAAGAUGCUGGACGACAAGUCCGACCCGAAGGGCGAUCCCGUUUCUUAGGAUUUUUCUCCUUGCCGAUGACCGAUCCUGUUCGUUCAUAUUAUAUAACGAAUUAUUUUAUUUCGUUCAAUAGAGAUACUUUUACCAACUGCUCGAUAUCGUAGCUAAUAGAAAUAAGAGUAAUGCUGGAAAUAAUAUAUACGAGACUUUUAGUGUCACGUUCUACAAUAGCGUCGUCACGCCUCUUAUUGCAACGCGUUCUAUUAUACAUAGACAAGCUUUGUUUCACCGCGCUCUAUA